AUGAGUGAGGAUUGUGCCAAUCCCCUGCUUCUAGGGUGGAUUAAGGAAUGGCUGGACCAAGCCCGUGAGCGCAACAGCAAAGGCGUUACCGUUUACAAAAAGGCUUAUGAGUCGAUGAAAGCAUGCCCCUUGGCUUUUGAACAUCCUUCUCAAGCGCAGCAACUGAAUGGGCUGGGGCCAAAACUCUGUGACCGCCUGACAGAGAAAUUAAAGGCCUACUGCCAAGAAAAUGGACUUCCUAUGCCGGAAGUCCCUGGUCAAGGUAGCAAAAGAACAUCCGACACUGGUGUUGCUGAGCAACCUGCGAAGAAGCCACGAAAGGCCAGGCCCUAUGUGCCAGCUCUCCGAUCUGGACCGUAUGCGCUCCUAUUGGGCCUGGCUACGGUGGGGGAGCAUACAACCCAAGGAAUGACAAAGGCGCAUUUGAUUGAAGUAGCGCAGCCGUACUGCGACAGUUCGUUCACUGCACCCACGGACCCGACCAAGUUCUACACCGCGUGGAAUUCUAUGAAGACCUUGAUACAGAAAGAUCUGGUUUACGAACAUGGACGCCCCUUGAGGAAGUAUGCGCUCUCAGAGGAUGGCUGGGAGGUCGCCAAGCGCAUUCAAAAUACCCUUCCCGGGGCGUCUGAGAACACAGCCUCUGCCGGCAGCGAUUCUCAGAAUCAGGUGCCGCAGCCGGCUCUCAUGUGUGGUGGCAGAUCUCGCCAAGACGAUGACGAUGAUGAUAUUGCCAUGCCAGCGCAGCUCAACUCUCGACUCGGCCAAGGUGGUGAAAUCGAGAGCCCUACCGAGCCCAUCAUUCUUCCUCCGGGCAGUUUUACGAUUCAACUGGUGCUAGAUACUCGCGAAGUGCGCACUUCUACUGAUCGCGAUUACAUCGCCAACGAACUCAUAAAGCAAGGCAUUACACCUCAGGUGCGAGCUCUAGAGCUGGGCGAUGCCGUGUGGGUAGCCAAGUGUCGGGACCCUGCAUACCUUGCUCGUUAUGGCGAGGAAGGCGACGAGAUAAUGCUGGACUGGAUCAUCGAAAGAAAGCGCCUCGAUGAUCUUAUCGGAUCGAUCAAGGAUGGCCGAUUUCAUGAACAGAAAUUCCGUCUGCGGCGUUCGGGUAUAAAGAACGUCAUCUACCUCGUCGAGGAGUUCACAGUCUCACACCCGGAUGCUGGGAACGGGGGUGCUCAAAAGUACCAAGAGAUGGUUGCUUCAGCCAUCGCAUCGACUCAGGUGGUCAAUGGGUACUUUAUGAAGAAGACACGCAAUCUCGACGACUCUAUUAGAUACUUGGCGCGGAUGACCCUACUUCUUCGCAAUAUGUACGGCGCACAUGAUUCUCCUAAUGACGAGUCUCGUCCUGGCCAGGUUGGCACCUCAUCAAGCCCGACGACGGUAGCUCUUAUUCAUAGUCAUCGUCUCUCCUCGACGCAAUCUUAUCUCACUCUCCUGGACGAACUUCGCGCCAAGGAUUCGACCCUUACAUACGGUGUCACAUUUUCCACAUUCUCAGCCCUCAGCUCCAAGUCUGAUGCCCUAUCCCUCCGGGACGUCUUCUUGAAGAUGCUCAUGUGUACUCGUGGCGUGACCGGCGAAAAAGCUCUUGAAAUUCAGCGACUGUGGCAAACGCCAGUACAACUCGUCGAGGCAUACAUGGCCCUGGAGCCUAAUGAUCGGGAAACGUUGAUGUCAGAUAGACUGCAGUCCCUAGUGGGGCGAAAGAAGAUUGGUAAAGCCCUGAGCAAGAAAAUUGCCGAAAUUUGGGGAGAGAGUGGAUGA